AUGGAUGAGGUACAAGUGGUCGUUGCUGAUAAUGAAAAUAACAGAGCAAAAACAUUCACACAUGGCGGAAAGUUUGAAUUUGACAUUAAACUAGACAGACCAUUUGAUGUAACUUUGUCACAGACCGGUCACCUGUAUUUAACAUCAGGUGGUGACAAAUGUGUCCAAGUGUUCUCCGCCAAAGGUCACAAGGUGACAACUAUGGGUCAGGGUCAACUUGACACGCCACUUGGUAUUACACUGAACAGACAAGGUCAUGUAAUGGUCUGUGAUGGUGAAGAAAAAUUUAUCUUUACAUUCCAUCCAGACAGCGGAGAGCUCCUGAACACCAUUCCACUCAGUAUGUGUGAAUACCCUCGGUACAUCACAGUGAACAGUUCGAAUGAUAACAUUGUGAUAUCAGACUGGUGGGAACACUGUGUACAUGUGCUGUCACCUACUGGUGAUCAACUGUACCAGUAUGGCACAGAAGGCAGUGGUGAUGAUCAGCUGGCUGCACCAAGUGGAGUGUGUACAGACCGCUAUGGUCACAUCUUUAUUGCUGACUGUAAUAACCAUAGGAUAGUGGCGCUGAGUCCCCGGGGAAAGUUUAUCAGAUACAUUGCCACUGAGGAUGAUGGAUUAGAGUCUCCAAAAGCAUUAGCCAUCAGCCCUGCUGGCAUGCUGGUGGUAGCAGAGGCAGACGGCAAAGUUAAGAAAUUUCAAUACUUACAAUGA